AUGGUGAAGCUGGCCACGGCGCGGGAGUGCCGCGCGUACAGCCUGGGCUCCGGCGGCGGCGAGGCGUCGCGCAACCGGCGGUGGGAGUACGUCAACGCUGGGGUGUACGUCUUCGCCGCCGUGCUCCUCGUCGGCGGCUUCCUCGCGCAGCUGUGGCCGUGGGCGGUGUCCCAGAAAACCGGCCUCGCGCUGGCCAUCAUCGGGCUGCUGGGCGUGGUGGGCGUGAACGCGCACGACCUCCUGGCGCACGUCGCCGGCGUCGACUACAACCUCGGGCUGGCCGGGCUGGACAGCCAGUUUGUCCUCGUAGAGCUCGCCGCCCCUGCCGUGCAUCUCGUCGGCGCCGUGCUCACCUUGGUCGCGCUAAUCUUCUUCGAGAUUCAGAUGGACAGAGGGUACCGGCACGGACUGGAGAAGCACGGGCUGAACCUGCUCAUCGCCGGUCCAGCGCUCUGGCUCCUCGGGUCCAUACACAACAUCUGCCAAAUCUACGAGCGAGCCAGCGGGCACGUCCAGAUCCUUCAGAAGAGCGUGCAGAUCCCGCUUCUGCUCGGCAGCACGAUCUACCUCGUCGGCGGCAUCGUCAAUCGGCACGACAUCCACACCCAUUCCUCCGCUGGAUUCACCCUCCUGGGGAGGAGCUGGGCUUGGUUCUGCCUGUUCGGAAGCCUGCUGUUCUUGGCCGGAGGGCUCUUCAACCUCCUCAAGGUGUUCAAGAUGCAGCAGAUGGACGGCCGGGGGCUGGAGAAGCUCCGCGGUGGCGCGCAGGAGCGGCUGAGCAGGGAGAGGGAGGGCAAGGUGCCUCUCAUUCUGGAGGAGGGCCGGAGGAGGAACAAAGGAGACGAGACGUGGCCAGCGGCGGCGCGGCAUGAGCCCAGGGCUGCGCCCGUGGCGCCACCGCCGGAGGGGUCUUACAAGGAAGCUCUUGUGAGCGGCGGUAACUAG